AUGCUUGCUUGCAAGAAAUCCUUAGCACCUUCAACCCUAAACCACCCCUUCUACAAGAAAUGCCAUUUCAAACUCCACAACCUUACCUUAGGCCCGAUCUUAAGGCUAUGCGAUGCAUGCCAUAACGAAGUUCAAGGGUUUGUGUACCAUUGUAAGAAGUGUGGGUUCGAUCUUCAUCCUUGUUGUGUGAAUUUACCUCAAGUGCUGAAUGAUAGGGAACGUGAUCUUUACUUGCAUAACAAGCUAUCGAGGCCGUGCCAUUAUUGUAGUAAGAAAGGGCAAGGUUGGGCUUAUGUAUCUGAGUGCAAGAUGUAUAAUCUCCAUGUAUCCUGUGUUAAAAAAACGCUUUUGGAGAGUUGGGAGGCUAAAUACUUGAAUGUUGACAAUAACUUGGUAAGGGAGUUGGAGGCUAGGAUACCUAGUCUUAAGAGGACUUCGGGAAGUCAUCGCGGUGAUGGAUCCGAUGACAACGGCGGAAAUGUGAUCAGGUGUUGUGAGAUUGCAGGGAGUGGUGUUAAUAUCAUUUUGUCCGCAAUCUUGGGUGAUCCUACAGCAUUCAUUGCUGGGGUAAUUGGCGGGUUAAUCUCCAAGUAAUAGAGAAGAAAAGAAGAAAUGUAAUGUGAACAUUUUGUGAAAAUUGUAUUUUGUAUAUAAAAGUAAUUUGUUUGUGUGUGUUAAUUCCAAAUAAGUCUUCUAGCUCUUGUGAACAAAUUUCGCGUGUCUAUGUACGGGAAAAAUUGAGCAUAUAUUCGCUCAAAUGAUUGGUAUAA